AUGCAACAUGCUGGGAAACGUCUAUGGUGGGCGGAGAAUGCGGAAAAUCACCCGGCACCGUCCCGACUAAUCUUCUUGAAUCUUCCUUCCUCAAUCCAACAAGAUACCUUCCGAUCGACAUUGACCAAGCCCAAAUCACUCAUAUCAUGCACCAUUACAGAUCUCAAGCUGGUCCCCAAAAGGAGAUUUGCCUUUGUGGGAUAUAAGAAUGCCGAGGAAGCUCAGAAAGUCAAGGAUUGGUUUGAUAAUACUUUUGAAUUCGGAGGUGGGAAAGUCAAAGUGGAUUUCGUAAGAGAUGAUCCACUCGCUCCUGCGCCUGCAAAGGGUUCGAAAUCCAAGUCGAAAGAAACGGACGUACAGACUGGUUCUAAUGCCGUUGCUGGACCUUCAAAGAGGUUACAGGAGUUCAUGGAUGUAAUGAAAGGUGCCGAUCCUUCUUCAUCUACUGAUCCUUCUGCGUCGACGGCAAACGCAGUACCAGGUGAACAAGGUUGGGUGGCUGAUGGACAAGUUUCGACGUCGAAGAAGGAGAAGAGCAAGAAGGGUAAAGAGAAAUCAUCUGAACCUGAGGAAAUAGCGGAAGGCCAAGGGGAUGAUGAUGAUGCUGCAUGGUUGAGGAGAAGACAGAAUGAAGCGUUACAAGGUGAAGGAGAGAGUUCCAGUACCAAAACAUCUCCCGACGAAGAAUUGAUUCUCUCAACUGGAAGACUAUUCAUCCGAAAUCUAGCAUUCAUCGUAACCUCCUCUGAAUUAUCCUCUCAUUUCUCCAAAUAUGGUCAAAUCGACGAAAUCCACUUACCUACCUCAUCAACAACGGGUGAACCACUAGGAACGGCCUUUCUACAAUACCAUAAUAACGAAGACGCCCUUCAAGCCUACAAGAAUCUAGAUAAGACUACCUUCCAAGGUAGAUUGUUACAUGUGUUACCUGGUAGACCUAAACCCGGUCAAACGGUCGCCGCGAACGGUGGUGGAGUGGUAGAUGGUAAAGUGUUGGGUAAAAUUGAUGAACAAAAAGGUCAGGUUAAGAAGAAUGUAGAUGAGAAGCGGAAAGAGGAUAGUAGGAAGGGAUUGAAUUGGGCUACGCUGUACAUGAAUAGCGACGCUGUAGCAGCUUCCGUAUCCAGUCGAAUGGGAAUCAGUAAAUCUGAGUUGUUAAGCGGAGAUUCGGGAAAUGCAGCUGUCAAGCUCGCUUUGGCUGAAACUACUGUCAUUGAAGAGACUAAGAAGUACUUCGAAGAUGCUGGUAUAGUCUUAGAAACUCUUCAGCCGAAAGUACCCCGAUCACAAACAAUAAUCUUAGUUAAGAACAUACCUUUUGGAACUACCAGCCAAUCUUUGACCGACCUAUUCGCUUCGCAUGGUAAAUUGUCCAGAGUACUGUUACCUCCCUCUGGAACAUUGGGUGUGGUAGAAUUUGAGAAUCCCGUGGAUGCCGGAAAGGCAUUUAGAGCAGUGGCAUAUAGAAGAUUAGGGAAUGCUGUGUUGUAUCUCGAGAAAGGUCCUGUAGGGAUGUUCAAAGAAUCGCCAUCUUCAGCUGAACAACCGAUGAGUACGACAGAGAAAGAAUUGAAGGAAGCUCAAGCUUUGGUUGACAAGGUGAAUGAAAUUAGAGAAGAACCAUCGGUAGAUGACGAAGCUGGUUCGACUCUAUUCUUAAAGAACUUGAAUUUCUCUACUACGACACCAAGGUUGAAUGCUGUACUUUCUUCUUUACCUGGUUUCUCAUUUGCUCGAGUGCAGACGAAGAUCAACCCUAAGUCGAGUAGUGGUGAGAGAUUGAGUAUGGGAUAUGGAUUUGUAGGAUUCAAAACUCGUCAAGAUGCUACCAAGGCCCUUGGUGCUUUGGAAGGAUUCGAAAUUGAUGGGAAAGUACUACAAGUCAAAUUCGCUCAGAGAGGUACAGAAGAUGAUCAGAAAGAUAAAGAGAAAGACACCAAAGAUGGGAAUGGGAAUGGAGGGAAAACCAAAUCUACGAAAUUGUUGGUUAAGAAUUUACCGUUUGAAAUUUCAAAGAAGGAAGUUAGGGAAUUGUUUAGUGCAUAUGGUCAAUUAAAAUCACUUCGACUCCCUCGGAAAUCCGUCCCCACUUCAACGGGAUCAGCAUCAACACGGGGAUUCGCCUUUCUGGAAUUUACCACUCAUACUGAAGCUUCACGUGCGAUGGAGGCAUUGAAACAUACUCAUUUGCUUGGUAGACAUUUGGUUUUGGAGUGGGCGAAAGAGACUGAUGAUGUGGAUGUGGAAGGUUUGAGAGAGAAGGUAGGAAGGGAUGUAAGGUUCUUGAAUGAUGAUGGUGCGAGUGCAAAUAGGAAGAAGAGGAAAUUGGAUUUUAGUGGUAAAGCGGCCGAGGAAAAUGAUGGAUUGGAAUUGGAUUAG